AUGCAUCUUUACGGUAUUACCCUAUUGCUCAUCUGCGCAAUUUCUUUAAUCGAGGCUUGCCCAUCAUCAGGAUCAUCAAGAGGACCACCAGGGCCGCCAGGGCGAAGUGGAAGAAAGGGAAAACAAGGAAAGAAGGGACCGCAGGGACCUGAAGGACCACCAGGAGACAAAGGUCCUCCAGGAUUACCCGGGUCUCAAGGUAUAGCAGGACCGCAAGGAGAAGUAGGGGAAGAAGGAGAUGUAGGUGAUAUGGGACUUCAAGGUCCAAGAGGAAGGGAUGCGAAAAGACGAUAG